CCUGGAGAGGAGUCUGUGCUAAUGUACUUCAGGGGAAUCCAGUCCUUCAAAAGAGCCUCCCUGGCUGGAUUUGUCCAUCUAGUCUUUAAUGUCUGUCUUUUGGCUAAAAAUAACUCAACCUCCCAUCUGCUGCCCCACUGGGCCUAUUAGCCUGGCAAAUGAAAAAAAAUAUGGAAAAGAGUUUAUAAACAUGUUAUUGAAUAGCUUUGUGGUGCUAUACGCAUUUAGGGUGUGAAAUACAUCAUUGACAUCCUGGGUCCAGACUUGCUUUUGCUGCCUGCUGCAGUCAGGAUGAUGUUAGAGGCUGGGUAUGGGAAUAGGUUGCUGAGUUGGGCAUGGAAACAGACCUGGUGAUGAUGGCUUCAGGGUGACAGGGUGCAUCUUCAAAGGCACAGACCGUGCAGAGCUGAUGUGACAGGUAUCUGAGGGAAACUGAGGCAAGACUGAGGCAUGAGAGAUUAGUUCAUUAUGUGGAUGUAUCAGGGCAGGCUAAAUCAUAAACCUAGUGCCAGCAAGCCUUUAGGCUGCUUCCUUUCAGAAAUAAGGAAAAGAGACUCUGCAUUCAGCCCAUGGGGUAAGGCUGGUUGUGGCUCUUGUCCUAAGAACCUCAGCCACAAGGGGUGAUACCAAGCCCCAGGGUUACCCCUGUUCGCUGCCAGAGGCAGAGCUGAAGCCUUGGUUUUCCUGUUUCUCACAUUUGUCACCUGUGUGCCUUGUGGGCAUUAGGCAACCAGGAGUUUGCAUUUGUACCAGGUCUGUGUCCUCGUGCAGUACCGUCUACAGCUGGGUUGCAAAUUACUCUCUCAAGAGAGCACCGUUUACCUUUGGCACCCUGCGUAUUUCAGACUGAAGGGUCAGCAACAUGGAAAUGACAUGGAUAAGUAAGUGCAUGACCACCUCUAAUGACCUCAGGUCAUUACACCCAGCUACAGAAUGGAAUAUGGAUAAUAUUUGGAAAAUGGGAAUUUGGAGAUCAGAUAUGUGAUAAAGGCAGUGUUGGUCCUACACAUUUUCUGGUCUCUCAGAGAGGUUUGCACAGUGAUGGGCAGCUGGCCAAUGACUCCAGUGGGCCACUGUGUGGGAAAAAGGAUUUGAGGGUAGGAACCGUAUGUAGUCAGUGCUUUAGGGUCUGGUGCAGUGUUUGAGUCUGACCACUGCUGUAUUCCAGAGAGCAGCAGCAGAGCACCAGUCAUUUGCUGCAAGGUUAAUAGCUGGACUUGAUGAUCUUAAAGGGUCUUUUCCAAUCUAAAUGAUUCUAUGAUUCUAUGAACAAAAAUUUAUAUGUUACUUUACCUGUUGUAAAAUUGCCAAUCCAAUUAGUGUGUUACAAUCAGAACAGGAUGCUCAAACCCAUACAGUUCUCAGAUAUUUUUAUGCAAAGAGAAUUCAGGAUUCCUGUCCCGGUAAAAGCCCCUGCUUUGCCCUGCAUUAAGAUUUGGUUUGUUUUAUAAGAAAGAAGAUUCUAAUGGCCUUGUAGUUGUAUUUGUGGGUUUUGUAGUGGUUAGGUAGUUCUCAGAAGAGGAUACUGGAAAGCAAGAGAGUUGCUGAUGUCAUUUUUAUUUACCACCACUACGCAAAAAAAAAAGGCUGCUGGUGGCCCUAUAUAAGGUGCACCUCACCUCCUGCAGAGCACAUCAAGAAUCACUGCAAAGGUAAGGCUUGCAGCCUUCGUGCCUCUCUCACUUUGCCUUGCCCAAUCUCCCUGAUGCUAACACUGCUCUCUCUCAUCAGUGCUGAGCACUGUAGCUGAAACCUGCUGCGACGGAGGACUUUGGAUUGUGAGACAUGGCCUCCCUGCAGACCUUGACCAAGAGCUUCUUAGGAUGGGUCUUCUGCUGCUGCUGUUGCUUUCUCCCUCUUCUACUCACCAGCCCUCUGCCUCCAAAAGGGGCAGGGGUGGCUUCUACCGCCCAUCAUACCUGCAGGCUCAGGAAGCUCAACUUUCAGCCCUACAUCAGGAAUCGCACCUACACCUUGGCUAAAAUGGCCAGGGCCUCAGACGAGGACACGGACAACAGGCUCAUUGGGCAGCAGCUCUAUGUUAACAUCAGGGAAAACAACCGCUGCUACAUGAUGAAGAGGAUUGUGGAGAUUGUAGUGAAAGAUGUUCUCCUCACCAAGGUCAAGGACCAGUACCCGUACACUGCAGAGGUGGUGCAGUUCUUUGCAUCCUUGACCUCGGAGCUGAGCAGAUGUAAAUUCUCAGGACACAGAGAGCACAUUGAAAAGAACCUGGAAGAAAUGAAGACCAAACUGAAAGAGUUGGGAGAGAAUGGGAAGACUAAAGCCGUCGGAGAACUGGAUUUACUGUUUGACUACAUAGAAAAUGCCUGUACCAGUAUCCCAAAGAAGGGAGAGAACAAGAAGAAACACUGAAAGAAUUUCAGGUCUUCAGAUCAGUCUUUAAGAAAUGUCUCCGAAAACCUCUUGCUAUAAUACUACGGACACACUUUCUUUCCCCUAAUUCCCCUCAAUGCAGUAAUUUUUUACCCAUGCCAAUAACAGC